AUGGCUCUGGCGAGACUUUGGGCUUGCUUCGACGAAGAUGCCAAGCACUCGUUCCCAGAUUUUAUGGAGGAGCCAGUGGUACAGGCCUUUAUCACUCAUUAUGGGCCGCAGCUUUCGAACCCUGUCGUGAAGAUUCCACUUGUCGUCACAAACAUGGACGGCAACCUGCACAUCGUCGACCAGGUUGUGAUCGAUGCUGACGGUGCUGCCGAAUCUUCUACCACUGCCGUGCAGACUUCAACCGAAGGUUCCAGAGCCACGAUUGGUGGGGCUGCUUCCAAUGCGUCGCCCAUUGAUUUGACUGGCAAUGGUACCGGCACUGCCAUCGUCUCGUUGCUUGGCAACAUGGUGCAGCAAAUCAACCAACGCUUUGACACUAUGCAGGCCAACCAAAACGCACACCGCACCUGGGCCCAGAGGCAGUUUGCUAGAGUCAACGAGAACCAGCGUCGUUAUGGUGGUAGCAUUGAGCAAGCCUUGAUCUGGCAGAUUCUGGCCUACCUUGUGAACGGUGGCCUCAACAUCCAAGCUGCCAUUGCUAGAAUGAACAGGGUGUACCCAGGCGAUGGUCGAGUCACAGGCAUCAUUGACCGCAUCAUUGCUGAUGGAAAGGACGAAAACAGCAUUGAGAUCCCCGCCGUUGGUUUUCCCAUCAAUCCACAGCUCGUCGUUGGCAACUUCUAGGUUUGGGCC